GCCAGGAGGAGGGAAGCGGGAAAAGGCUCGACUGUGCGUGGCAGCUGUGUGAGGGCGGCAAGAUGACUGAAGCAUCGGGGGUCAAUAGCCACGCACAUUUGUAGAGUGUGAGCGAGAACAACGCAUACACCGUUUUUCUCUGGUUGCAUGUGUGUUUUUGCGUUAUCGCGGCAGAUUGAAGCAGCGCGGAGUCACGUCACGAAGAAACUGCGGGAGAUUCUUCCCUCUAACUGGAAGGACAUCAUCAACUGGAAGGAACGAAACCCAGAAACGGGACUGCCUGUGGAGGUCACGGACGUGACGGGCUCUUGCACGCGGCUGAAGGACAAUGGUUGUGACUUAAGCUGUGCCUUCGACUUCCCGAUACGCAAAGAGCUGCUCAAGAAGCUCAACGAAUUGCUGGCUCCGGAUGGUGUGGUCGUCCAAAGCGCGUCGGUUCGGUUUGUUGAGCUGAGCCACAUGACAGGGCAACGAUUUGGUAAGAGCAUUAUACAGCUCACUGCAGCAGGAGAAAGAGGAGUGUAUGUUGGAAUGUCUUGUUGCACACUUCUCCUUCCCUGAUCAGAAGAUGUCUAUCAGAACAAGGUAAGCUCGGCGGUCGAGUAUUGCGGCUACUUGCCGCAUUUGGCCUCAAGCCAUCCCCCAGACCAACCGGCUCCAUCAGCCGUGAGCUCUUCGCAGUGUCUGAAGCCCUGCUGGACGUUCAACGUGGCGUUCGACGUGGCGGGACGAGCGAGCUUCACCAUCACCUACAAGUAUGACAGCACGCGAGAAGCGAAGAAGUGCAAGCGAUGCGUCAAAUGCAAGCGACCCUACCACACGAGUGAUAGAAGCAGACACGAACGUAACUGUGUAUACUUAAAGCAAGAUGCACUGAAUCAGCAGGUCGGCAGAUACUCAGAUUCUUGCUUUCUUCUAUUGAUGCACUCACGGGAGAGGACCUGUUGUUGUUCGCAGGCCUCUGACGCGCCACGCCAACCUGCGCCUGCCCCGCUGCUCGCCGCACUCGAUCAGGGGGUGAGUAGCCAGGAAGUAUUUGCUGCCUUAAUAGACUGUCUCUCUUCAUGCAGUCUUCAGGGGAGAUUACAGAGGAACAGCCAUUUUGUGGUAAAGCGCAGCGACAGACAUCGAGGAAGGCGUUGAUAUUCUGCUGUGUGCCUGCAGUAACUGGCGGGCCGCCUGGGCCUUCUCAACAAAAAGCAAUCAUCUCUCCCCCCUUUGGUACACACUCAGCUUGUGCGCGCCUACGUGCAUCUUUGUGCCAUGCUGGUGUUUUUCUGUUCUUGUGUGGCCUUAAGGUCCGUUACAUUCCCCCGCCAAUGGUAUGGAUUCAUUAUGGCGGGUGAAUGAAUGGGUGUGUAUUCAUGAUUGGCUCCCUGCUGCUCUCUUACGUACAGGCCAGUCACCGCAGAUGCCCUUCUUGGCGCCAUCGGGUCCACCCGAAGGGUAGACAUGCAUAGCGAGAGACACAAUACAACGACGAGUGCGAUGGUCUCGCUGUGCCGUCUUUGCUGCCAGGGUAGUGCGUCAAGGCGCACCGGGUUACGUCAACAAUACAUGCGAGCAGGUGGGAGAAGGACCAAACACUCAGGAGGUGCGAUGGUGAUCAAUCUAUGCUCGCUGGCUGAUCAGAUGCCGCCCGAAGCUGGUUGGGAAGGUGCUACCGCAUUUGCCACAGCGGUCUUUUCUGAUGGUGACGAAACUGAGGAUAUGAGGGUAGGAGAAGAACAGCUGUGCUCUUUUGCUUCAACGCACUAGACACAUACCGGUGUCUGUCAUGCGUAGUUGAUGGACCUGGACCCACCAGACGUGAACGCAUACGACACACUCAUCGAGGCAUAUGGGCGAUGCGAACGACUCGAUGAGGUGAGGAAGGACAGGCAGACACAGACAGUGGUGAAUGGAUGGAUGGGUGGCUGAGUCGAUGUGUGUGUAGGCAUUGAGACUGUGGCGUAAAAUGACGAAUGGGCGCGAGGUGGAGCCCGUGGAGCCCAACAACUACACAUUCAAACGCACGCUCGACGCCCUCGCGGAUCGGUUCCACAAGUAGCCAUUCACGCACACACCCCACAGUAACCACAGUUAUGCGUGUGCGACUUUCAGGUUGGUUCGUAGUGGUGUGACGCCCAACCCGGUGCAGUACAUGAUUCUGAUCAAGGGCUUCGCACAGAUCAAGCAGAUCGACAUGGCACUGUGGCUGUACCGAGAUAUGAAGCGAAAAGGCGUCCCUUGCAACGAUGUGAUUCGGCCAGCCACACAGCACAACACAUACACACACACACACAAACGAACAUACCUCUGUGUGCACGUCAUCUGUGCGUACGUAGGUGACGUACAAGACGCUGAUCGACGCGUGCAGGCUGGUGUCUGACAUGCGUCAAGCGGUGGACAUUCUGAAGGACAUGAAUGCCUCACUCCGGCACCCGCUGUACUGGUGGACCAUCGACACGUACAGCGCCAUGAUCAAGGGCUUGUGCACACAGGGCAACAUAGACGCCGCCCUGGAGCUGUUCGACUCCAUGUGGGGCCGCGGUAUACAGCCAGACACUAUCAUAUACAACGCACUGCUGGAAGGUGCCCCUGCCCACACACACAGGGAUAGAGAAAGAGACAGGGGAAAAGAGCAACGGUGUGUGUGGAUGUGUUGUGUAGAGUGUGCUCGUCGGUACAAUCUACACAUGACGGAGCAGCUGCUGCAGAACAUGAUCCAAUCCGGAGUGGCCCCCACCUCACACACACUCACCAUACUGGUGGGUCAGGGUGUGUGUAUGUGUCAAGGAGUGUCUGUCUGUCUGUCUGUUCCUCGCACAGGUGAAGCUGUACGGCCUGGCCAAGGAGUUUGACAAGGCCCACAGCGUGGUGACAGAGCUGUUCCGCCGGUUCAGCAUCGAUCUGAAAUACCAGGACGCACACGUAUGGACUGCCUUCAUGGACGCGUGUAUCGCCAACCAACGCCUACCACUCGCUAUGGAAGUGUCUGAAAAGGUCAGACACCCCCACUCCUUCCCACGUCAACACACACAGAUUGUUUUCCUUUCUCUCCAUUGUGACACGCAGAUGUUGGUCGCUGAGACAAAGCCCAACGCCAGCGCCUUCGGCGCCAUCAUAGUGGGGUGUGUCGAGGGCGCCUUCAGCUCCGUAACCGACCCCAACGCCAGCCACGUCGAGUACUCGGUGAAUGCCAUCGGUUUCGCACAACUCGCCCUCCAUUACGAGCUAAAACUCGAGAAAUUCGUGUGGCUGAAACUCAAGGCCAUGAGAGAGAGUCUUAUGCCGCCAGAUAAGCUUAUCAGGCAUCUCGACAAGCUUGUGGCCGAUUCCAAGGACGGAAAGCACGUAAGCGAUGACCACUCAACCACCGCCAGCAAAUGUCUUGUGACAUGUGUCUUUGUGUCAUGUCAAUCAGACACCUUGACGUGAUACACUCUAGGACGCGUCACACACAAAGAUAGGCAGCUACUGGUCACUUUUUGCAGGUAUCAUUUUGCUGCAUGACACUGUGUGAGUGUCAUUUCUGUCCGCCUCAAAUAGGGGUGUGAAUGUGCGUGUGCAGUAAGGGUGUCUGCGCCUGUGCCUUACGGGCUGUGUCAAGUAAGUCGAUCGCCUUCGUCGCGUGUUGUGUGUUAUGUUAUUUCCACUUUCAUUUCACGGAUGACUCACAGCUGCGUGUAUUUGGUCAUGAAUGCAGUGUUGACCCAUCA